AUCCGGCUACCGGCCAGUAUAUCUUCCAUCAGUCACUGGAGUUCGCGCGACAAGAUCUCGCUGAAGAUUUAGUAGUUAUGUACAAGGUUUUGUUUUUCUCUUCCACGGUAAACAGGAUUUGGUCUACUGAUUCCGAAGAAGUCGCUUUUCACACCGGCUGUAGCUUAAGAGUGUAACCCACUUCAGCCGUACAGAAUCAGUUUCCUUUUUGAGAUGUGAAAAACACUUUAGGAAGUUAAAAGAAAGUCGUCGUAAACAUUCUAUGUAAAAUGAAAAAACAUGUUAACUUAUGUUGUACUUGCCAUUAUCUGCAGCAUUUGUUAGACGCAGACGCAUUGUUGAGGCUCAUCUCUGUAUUUAGAGCAUAGUGCAUUCUCUGUUUUAUUUUGUAUGUCAUCAUGCAAGAUUACUGUUUUAUAAACUAAAAGGCUAGUUUUCAUUUAGCUACAAGAGUACAUUUUUGUAGCAAUAUUUUCUGAAAGUUCAGGGACUUAGUUUUGGGUGAUUUAGAUCCUUUUACAGGCAGAAGAGUUUCUGAAACAUAAUAGGGCUUAAGUCAUAGGACUGGCAACUGGUUAGAUCAGUAAUACACUCAAUUGGAACAUUUUUUUCAGCAGAUAAGAAUAUUAGUGUAGAAAGAAAGACGUGUAAGUUUGGAAACUUGACUAUAUAUAAGACAGAUAUGAAAAAUCUAUAUAAAAUAUAUGUGGGAAAAGAUUUUCUAGUAAAUUUUCUAACAAAGUAAGCAAAAUUCCCACAGGGCUCAAAAUUAGCAUUUGAGUUCUGUAAUGAUGUAGUUUGUUAGUGAUUUAAUUUAUAUGUGAGCAUGUAUGUUUUAGAAGUGAAAAGAGCAUUUAUUAGAUCUUGAGUCUGAUUUAUGCGUUAAAAACCUUUUCGGAUGUGGUGCUAGAAGUAAGUUAUAGUUGUGCUUUAAAUCGAAUUUGCUGAGCUCCUAUAUAUGGUGGUUUCUCUGGUUGGCAUGAAAAUUUUGGGUCGUAAAAAAGCAUAUGUACAAAUUUGAUUUGAUACUUUUGGUUUACUCCAAUUUUACUCAAGUAUACAGAUAGUAAACAUACUAUUUAAAAUGAUUUAUUUCCUGAGCAUUUAGUAAACACCCAUGUCCAUAGGUAUUUCUAGGAUAAAACAAAAAGUGCAGAAAAUGCUGUUUCUGCUGGACCUGACAAAAUGUACUUCAGUUUGGAAUAAAAUAUACAUAGCCAGUUGAAACUGAUUGCAAAAGCAAUACACAACUAAUAAUGAGAGGUUAUAUGAGACCUGUAUUCCUAAAUCCUAAGGAAGUUUAGAAUGAAAAAAGGACCUUGAGUUAGAUUCAUUAUAAAGUGACGGUAUUGUUUAAGAAAUUGCUAUCUGACAAACAUUUCAUUGUUAAAACAAGGCUUGUGGCUCUAACAUGAAGAAAGUUCCUGAGGAAUUAAACUUUAGUAAUAAUUUGAGAACUGUGGGGCAGUCUGCGUUGCAGCUGAAGGCAGCUGUUUGUGGAUUGGAUUACAGUAUGUUUUAGCUAAAGUUUGAGUAACCAAAAAUAUGUAUUUUUUAAUGGUAAUCCAGUGUUUGCUCUCAUUCUAAUUGUUUUUAUGUAACCGUUGAGAAAUCGUUGUGUAGCCAUGGAACAAAGUUCAUUAUAAAAUAGAGGUCAUAGUCAUUGUAAUUCCUAAAGGAGCCAUCGGUGUAUAGUGAAAAGAGGGCAGACUGUAAAGUCAAAUAGUUCUGGUUUGUAAUCUCAGCUGUGAUACUUAAUAGUUAGGUAAUUUGGGGCAAGUUAUUUGACCUUGCUCUGCUCUUGGUUUCUUCAUCUCAAAAAAGAAGAGAUAACUUCAGAGGGUUGUUAAGAAUAUAAGAAGUAAAUGGCCUGGUGCUUAAUUAAAGUACUCAGCACAGGACUUGAUACUUUGUGAGUGAUGUUAACUAGAUGUUAGUUGCCUUCCUGUGCUAUGAAAUCAAAAUUAUUUAUAUCACAUUUCAAACGUGAUAAAAUAAGUAUUUGAAUAAAAUAUUUCAGAUGAUUGUUUUGAAUAUUAUAAGCCUGUUAAUAAGGAAUUAUGGUAUUGAAGAUUUCAUUUUUUGAGACAUGCUGUUAAUUAGAUGGUAGUCUGUCUGAAGUAGAGUUCUUAAAUAUGACAACUGUAAAAAGUAAUCUCUGAGAUUACCAGUAAAUUAGAUCUGAGCAAAGAGCAGUCUAUUAUAUGUACUUUAGAUAAAAUGUGACAUUUUACUUUGUAGAACCUUAGAAUUUUUCUCCCAGACUCUAGAAAAUUUCUUAGUAAUAAUGACUUGGCUAGCCUUGCAAGCUUCUUGAGGCCCAGGAGAGUUUUAAGAUUCUUUGGUUUUGGUAUUGGUGUUAGUACUGUGGUUCAUACAUAGUGUGCUUUAAUUAAAAACUAUUGAUGGACUAAUUUUGAUCUGCUUUAGGAACUUCAUUGUAGUAGAUUUUACACUUAACUCAUUGGUAAUUGUUGCUUUCAGUUUUGUUCAGACAACUACUCUACUUAAUUUGUGAAAGUCCCUGAUAUUUGCUAUUGAUAUCAUUAAAUGGUCUCUCUGUUUUGCCCAAAGGCUUCCCUUAGCCAGUUCCACUGCAAGGAUAGUCUAUUUUUUAUCAGUCCAAUAGUACAUCUCUUCCUGGUACUGAAUAACCUGAAAAGAUACCAUAUUCUUCCUGUGUGAGCCCUUCCUAGUAUAAUUUAAUUAUUUUGUUCAAAGUGAAUUCCAAGGACAUGGAUGCACCUGUAUUCAAAUAAACUUUUUAGAAUAUAAUUUAUUUAAAAGUAUUGAGUUUUAUGUAUAUUUUGAUUAUCCAACCCUUUUACUUUUCUAUUAGUAAGAAUUAAAAAAUUGACUGUUUCAGUUGCUGAAUCAUGCAAAUUUUAACACUAACUUUAUGUUUUCUGAUUUCUUCUAGUUAGGAGAUUACUCAUGUUUAAUCGCUCACUUCAGUUAGACAAAACAAACAUUGACUGAAUGCCUGUUAUAUAAUAAAUGCUGAAUUAUGUGCUGGAGGAAUAAAGAUGAGGAAGAUGUUACUCCCCUUUUAGGAUUUUAUUGGAACAGACAUAAAGAAGUGAUUGCAGUAUGGAACAAUGAAUUAAGUAAUCAAACUGUACAAGGGACAGAAAUAGCCUAGAGGAGAGAAUGAUUAACUAUCUGGUGGAUAGAGGAUGAGAGAAAGCUUCACAGAGGGGUUGACUUCUCAUAAGAAUAGUGGCGGACAUAGUGGAAGGAAACAUCAGCUCUCAAGAGAUGUUUCCCACACCUCGGGAAAGAACCUUCUGAUAACUUAAGGGAGAUUCUCCAAAAUGUGGCCAAAUUGCAAGGAGUAUCAAAUAUGAGAAAGCUAGGCCAUCUGAAUAACUUUACUAAGCUUCUUUGUGAUAUUGGCCACAGUGAAGAAAAAUUGGGUUUUAACUAUGAGGAUAUCAUAAUUUGUUUGCGGUUAGCUUUAUUGAAUGAAGCAAAAGAAGUGCGGGCAGCGGGGCUACGAGCUCUUCGAUAUCUCAUUCAAGACUCCAGUAUUCUGCAGAAGGUGCUAAAAUUGAAAGUGGACUAUUUAAUAGCUAGGUGCAUUGACAUACAGCAGAGCAACGAGGUAGAGAGGACACAAGCACUUCGAUUAGUCAGAAAGAUGAUUACUGUGAAUGCUUCCUUGUUUCCUAGCUCUGUGGCCAACUCAUUAAUAGCAGUUGGAAAUGAUGGACUUCAAGAAAGAGACAGAAUGGUUCGAGCAUGCAUUGCCAUUAUCUGUGAACUAGCACUUCAGAAUCCAGAGGUGGUGGCCCUUCGAGGUGGACUAAACACCAUCUUGAAAAAUGUGAUCGAUUGCCAACUAAGUCGAAUAAAUGAGGCCCUCAUUACUACAAUUUUGCACCUCCUCAAUCAUCCAAAGACCCGACAAUAUGUGCGAGCUGAUGUAGAAUUAGAGCGAAUUUUAGCACCCUAUACUGAUUUUCACUACAGACAUAGUCCAGAUACAGCUGAAGGACAGCUCAAAGAAGACAGAGAAGCGAGAUUUCUAGCCAGUAAAAUGGGAAUCAUAGCAACAUUCCGGUCCUGGGCAGGUAUUAUUAAUUUAUGUAAACCUGGAAACUCUGGGAUCCAGUCUCUAAUUGGAGUACUUUGCAUACCAAAUAUGGAAAUAAGGCGAGGUCUGCUUGAAGUGCUGUAUGAUAUAUUUCGUCUUCCUCUACCUGUUGUGACUGAAGAGUUCAUAGAAGCACUGCUCAGUGUAGAUCCAGGUAGGUUCCAAGACAGUUGGAGGCUUUCAGAUGGCUUUGUAGCUGCUGAGGCAAAAACUAUUCUUCCUCAUCGUGCCAGAUCCAGGCCAGACCUCAUGGAUAAUUAUUUGGCACUGAUACUCUCUGCAUUUAUUCGUAAUGGACUUUUAGAGGGUUUGGUUGAAGUGAUAACAAACAGCGAUGACCAUAUCUCGGUUAGAGCUACCAUCCUUUUAGGAGAGCUUUUACAUAUGGCGAACACAAUUCUUCCUCAUUCACAUAGCCAUCAUUUGCACUGCCUGCCAACCCUAAUGAACAUGGCUGCAUCCUUUGAUAUCCCCAAGGAAAAGAGACUGCGAGCCAGUGCAGCCUUGAACUGUUUAAAACGCUUCCACGAAAUGAAGAAACGAGGACCUAAGCCUUACAGCCUUCAUUUAGAUCACAUUAUUCAGAAAGCAAUUGCCACACACCAGAAACGGGAUCAGUAUCUCCGAGUUCAGAAAGAUAUAUUUGUUCUUAAGGAUACAGAGGAGGCUCUUUUAACGAACCUUAGAGAUAGCCAAGUCCUUCAACAUAAAGAGAAUCUUGAAUGGAAUUGGAAUCUUAUAGGGACCAUUCUUAAGUGGCCAAAUGUAAAUCUAAGAAACUAUAAAGAUGAACAGUUGCACAGGUUUGUACGAAGACUACUUUAUUUUUACAAGCCCAGCAGUAAAUUAUAUGCCAACCUGGAUCUGGAUUUUGCCAAGUCUAAGCAGCUCACAGUUGUGGGUUGCCAGUUUACAGAAUUUCUUCUUGAGUCUGAAGAGGAUGGGCAAGGAUACUUAGAAGAUCUAGUAAAGGAUAUUGUUCAGUGGCUCAAUGCUUCAUCUGGAAUGAAACCUGAAAGAAGUCUUCAAAAUAAUGGUUUAUUGACUACUCUUAGUCAACACUACUUUUUAUUUAUUGGAACACUUUCUUGCCACCCACAUGGAGUCAAAAUGCUGGAAAAAUGCAGUGUAUUUCAAUGUCUCCUUAACCUUUGCUCCUUGAAAAAUCAAGAUCACUUGCUGAAACUGACUGUUUCUAGCUUGGACUAUAGCAGAGAUGGAUUGGCUAGAGUCAUCCUUUCUAAAAUCCUAACUGCAGCCACUGAUGCCUGCAGGCUGUAUGCAACAAAACAUUUAAGAGUAUUAUUGAGAGCUAAUGUUGAAUUCUUCAAUAAUUGGGGAAUUGAAUUACUAGUGACCCAGCUACAUGAUAAAAACAAAACAAUUUCUUCUGAAGCUCUUGAUAUCCUUGAUGAAGCAUGUGAAGACAAGGCCAAUCUUCAUGCUCUUAUUCAGAUGAAGCCAGCUUUAUCCCACCUUGGGGACAAGGGUUUGCUUCUCCUCCUGAGAUUUCUCUCUAUUCCAAAAGGGUUUUCCUAUUUGAAUGAAAGGGGAUAUGUAGCAAAACAAUUGGAAAAGUGGCACAAGGAAUAUAAUUCAAAAUACGUUGACUUGAUUGAGGAACAACUUAAUGAAGCACUUACUACUUAUCGGAAGCCAAUUGAUGGUGAUAACUAUGUUCGUCGGAGUAACCAAAGAUUACAGCGUCCUCAUGUCUACCUGCCUGUACACCUUUAUGGACAACUGGUACAUCACAAAACAGGCUGUCAUUUGUUGGAAGUACAGAAUAUUGUUACAGAACUCUGUCACAACGUUCGUACACCAGAUUUGGAUAAAUGGGAAGAAAUUAAAAAACUGAAAGCAUCUCUUUGGGCCUUGGGAAAUAUUGGCUCAUCAAAUUGGGGUCUCAAUUUGCUACAGGAAGAAAAUGUAAUUCCAGAUAUACUAAAACUUGCGAAACAGUGUGAGGUUCUUUCCAUCAGAGGGACCUGUGUAUAUGUACUUGGGCUCAUAGCCAAAACAAAACAAGGCUGCGAUAUUCUAAAAUGUCACAACUGGGAUGCUGUAAGGCACAGUCGCAAACAUCUCUGGCCAGUGGUUCCAGAUGAUGUGGAACAACUGUGUAAUGAACUCUCUUCUAUCCCAAGCACCCUAAGUUUAAACUCCGAGUCAACAAGCUCUAGACAUAAUAGUGAAAGUGAAUCUGCACCAUCAAGUAUGUUCAUAAUGGAGGAUGACCGGUUUGGCAGCAGCUCUACUAGUACAUUUUUCCUUGACAUCAAUGAAGAUGCAGAGCCAGCGUUUUUUGAUCGACCUGGACCUAUAAAGGAUAAAAAUUCAUUCCCAUUCUUUGCUUCUAGUAAACUUGUGAAAAAUCGUAUUUUAAAUUCGCUUACUUUGCCUAAUAAAAAACAUCGUAGUAGCAGCGAUCCAAAAGGAGGGAAACUGUCAUCUGAAAAUAAGACAAGCAACAGGCGGAUCAGAACGCUUACGGAGCCCAGUGUUGACUUUAUUCAUAGUGAUGAUUUCACACCCAUAUCCACAGUACAGAAAACAUUACAAUUAGAAACUUCAUUUGUUGGGAAUAAGCACAUUGAAGACACUGGUAGUACUCCAAGUAUUGGAGAGAAUGACUUAAAAUUCACCAAGAGUCUUGGUACAGAAAAUCACAGAGAAAACACAAGCCGAGAGAGAUUAGUUGUAGAAAGUUCAACAAGCUCACAUAUGAAGAUACGUAGCCAAAGUUUUAAUACAGACACUACAACAAGUGGCAUAAGUUCAAUGAGCUCAAGUCCUUCACGAGAGACAGUAGGUGUAGAUGCUACAACUGUGGACACAGACUGUGGGAGUAUGAGUACUGUGGUAAGUACUAAAACUGUUAAGACAAGCCACUAUUUGACGCCACAGUCUAACCAUCUAUCUCUCUCCAAAUCAAACUCAGUGUCCCUGGUGCCUCCAGGUUCUUCUCAUACCCUUCCUAGAAGAGCACAGUCCCUUAAAGCACCCUCUAUUGCUACAAUUAAAAGUCUGGCAGAUUGUAACUUUAGUUACACCAGUUCUAGAGAUGCCUUUGGCUACGCUACACUGAAAAGAUUACAGCAACAAAGAAUGCAUCCAUCCUUAUCUCAUUCUGAAGCUUUGGCAUCUCCAGCGAAAGAUGUGCUGUUUACAGAUACCAUCACCAUGAAGGCCAACAGCUUUGAGUCCAGAUUAACACCAAGCAGGAUCGAUUUUAAAAAGAAGCAUGUUGGGGGAAUCAGGAGCUUAAGACCUACAAUAACAAACAACCUUUUCAGGUUCAUGAAAGCUUUAAGUUAUGCUUCGUUAGAUAAAGAAGAUUUAUUAAGUCCUAUUAAUCAAAAUACCCUGCAGCGAUCCUCUUCAGUGAGGUCCAUGGUGUCCAGUGCAACAUAUGGUAGUUCAGAUGACUAUAUUGGUCUUGCUCUUCCAGUAGACAUCAAUGAUAUAUUCCAGGUAAAGGAUAUUCCCUAUUUUCAGACAAAAAACAUACCUCCACAUGAUGAUCGAGGUACAAGAGUGUUUGCUCAUGAUGCAGGAGGUCUUCCAUCUGGAACUGGAGGUCUUGUAAAAAACUCUUUUCACUUGCUACGACAGCAGAUGAGUCUUACGGAAAUAAUGAAUUCAAUCCAUUCAGAUGCUUCUCUGUUUUUAGAAAGUACAGAAGACACUGGACUUCAGGAGCAUACAGAUGAUAACUGCCUUUAUUGUGUCUGUAUCGAAAUUCUGGGUUUCCAGCCCAGUAACCAACUAAGUGCAAUAUGUAGUCAUUCAGACCUUCAAGACAUUCCAUAUUCUGAUUGGUGUGAGCAGACUAUCCAUAAUCCGUUAGAAGUGGUUCCCUCUAAGUUUUCGGGAAUUUCUGGAUGCAGUGAUGGAGUGUCUCAAGAAGGCUCAGCCAGCAGCACCAAAAGCACAGAAUUGCUACUAGGUGUUAAAACAAUUCCAGACGAUACACCAAUGUGCCGUAUACUCCUUCGCAAAGAAGUUCUAAGAUUAGUCAUUAAUUUGAGUAGUUCAGUUUCAACAAAAUGUCAUGAAACUGGGCUUUUAACAAUUAAGGAGAAGUAUCCUCAAACAUUUGAUGACAUAUGCCUUUACUCUGAGGUUUCCCAUUUGCUGUCACACUGCACAUUUAGACUUCCAUGUCGGAGGUUCAUACAAGAAUUAUUUCAAGAUGUACAGUUUUUACAAAUGCAUGAAGAAGCAGAGGCUGUGUUGGCAAUACCACCAAAGCAACCUAUAGUUGAUACAUCUGCUGAAUCCUGACCUCAUAUUUAUGAUGUAUAUAGAUGUAUACUAUAUAUAUUCAUAUUUGUGGAUUUCCUACAAGCCUCAGAAAAUGCUGACUGACUGGGCAGCGAAGACAGGAGCAUCUUCUGUACACUGUUCCAGCAAUUACUGGUACAUGAACAGUUGGAACUGCAGACUUACCCUAACCAAAACAACUUCCUCUAUCCCCCGUUGAGCCCUUUUGGGGGUUCAUUGUUAAUUACCACAGUUUUAAGAGUUUUAGUUAACCAUUGUAUGCAAGAGCCAAGCACUGAAUACCUACAUAAGUUUUCUGUUUUUUCAUUUUAAGAGCAUAAUAACAGUGGAACAAUAAUAGGAUAUGCUGAAGCACUCUUCACACAGUUAUUUCUGAAUUCUUUUUUUAGAGUUAAUACAAAGAUGCCUUGUUUGUUAACUAAUUCGUGGAAACCAGAAAUCGGUGUCUCUGAGGCUACAUCCUGUUACCACGACAGGGUGUGCUUUAACUGCUGGUAUCAGAGGGGGAACUUCGGCCCUUCCACAUUUUUCUUAAUGUUUCUAACACUACUUCAGAGGUUUGUAACCUCAAAGCGAAAGAAGAGCCUCAACAACCCGGGACUUAUAAGUUAUUUUUAUGUUGCUAGACUUGCAUAAAGUUUCUUAUUUGUUUUCUGUCUAUUAAGUUUUGUUGCAAUGUAUUAUUAUAGGCUAUUUGAACUGAUUAAGGUUUUUCACUACAGUUCCUGAUUAAAAUCAGAAGAUCAUUUUGUAAUUCAAAGUAUUUCUCAUUUAUAGAAUGCAUAUAUUUUCAGUGGACUUCCGUUUUUAUCAACUUCCCAUAUCACCAUUUAAACAGGAACUUUAACAAGCACUAUUAAUUUAGACCUAAAGCAAAAGAAAGCAUUAAAUAACACUUUGGAUCUCUUGAGGAAAUGAUAAGUUUGCCUACAAUUUACACAUUCCAUGGGAAAAGAAGAGCCAUAUUUCCUUUUAAGAAAUCAUUAAUAAACCUUAUUACAAUUAAAAAUUGUAGUGAAAAGCCUUAAGUACCAAAUUUUAAAGCAGCAGUAAUUUAAUUUUUAUAUCAGUGUUCUUGUUUUGCACAAACUAAAUGCAGUGAUAGGUGAGUUUAUGAGUACAGUAAUUGCCUUUAUCACAUUUGUGAAGUUAAGUUGAUGAGGGCAAGAUUUUGUUUAUUUGUGUGUUUAAUUUGUAUAUGUCUAAAGAUAUUUGGAAAUCUUUACAGGAAUUAAACAUAUGCAAAUUUGUGUAUAAAAGUAGCAUAGCCAUUAUCAUUUAGAAUGCUUGUAAAUGAAAGGAUUAUCUUUUUUGAGGUCUAUAUAUAAACAGAAAAAAAAUCCAGCUGGACUGAUUAGGACCCUUUUUUAAUUCAUUUGUGUAUACCAUUCUUACCGUUACACAGCAGCUUUGACACAGUCGUAGUACAUUAAUAUUUUCCCAUAUCCUUUUUAUAAUGGGCUUGUUCUUUGAGAUCUCUGUAAAGAACCCUGUGAACUAGAAAACAUAACUCACAGAGAUAGUUUUGUUUUGUUUCUUUUAAUUUACUGGCACUGAAAGUUCCAAUUGGGAUGAAGCAUUUCAUCUCACUUCAUAACACCUCUUUGACUGCACUUCAGUGAAUUGUUCUUAUGUGCACUGUGUAGCAACUUACAUUAUAACAAAACAGAUAAGGGCUGUAAGCUGCUCCUUAUGUUAAAAAGUGGUUCUUCAGCUUUUCUCUCGUAAAAUCCAAUUGAAGAUAAAACAAAUACUUUUUUUUUACCUUUAAUUUAUCACUGAACCCCAGUGUUUAUUUAAAUGUCAACAGUACUUCUAAGAACGUUGCCUGUCACCUUGGUCUUUGGUCUUGGAUAAUUAAACUGCCUUCCAGAGAACCAAAUGUCAGAGAUACUAGACCAAAUAGUGGUUAAAAACUCCAAAGGAGGUAAUGUAGUAAUCUUAUUCAUAGUGGGAUUAACAUAUUUUAGACAUUCAUUGUAAACACUACCUCAGUUAAUAAAGACUAUAAAAUCUGUGGUUUAAUCCCUCAAAAGUUAACAGUAGUUCUUUUUUGUCACAUACACACAACCAUCCCCAUGCCUAGACCCCACGUCACUCACCCCUCCUGAAAUGAAGUCUUCGUUACUAUUAGCCUAAACAGGUUGUUGACUAUUUCUUUGAAAGACAUGUAUGUAUACAUCAUAAUAUUUGCCUAUAGCACUUAGUUUGGGGAGACACUCAGAGCUUUGUGGUUAUCAGUAAUCUAAGAAAAGAAAGUCUGUAACUUAAAUGUAUAGUGCUGUUUGGUUUAUCCAUAUUUUACUGACAGGUCUAAUACGUUUUCUUUAAGUACUCAUUAGUAUAAAAGUAGACUUUUAUGAUGAAAAAUGCUCACAUGCAGUGCCAAGUGAUUAACUUAGGUGUUUAAAAAUCUUAAAUUAUAGCUGAAAAGGUUAGGAAUGGUGUCAGUGGUAAUAGAAAUAAUUGAGAAAAUUAUCUAUAAAUAACAGAUAUUACCAGACUAUAAAAUACCAGAAUAAUGUCAAUACUGUAGUUUUUUCAAGAUUUUAGAAUUAAUCUCAGUCCAUAUAAAUUUGUACUGUUGGUAAUUAUUGAAUAAUUUGGAGGAAUUUGGGCAGUUGUACUGGUUGUAAACUGUGAAUUUCUAAUUGUAAAGUGAAUUGUCAUUUCUAAUUGAAAUUUUUUUUCAAGAACAGAUUUCAGCUUCAUAUACUAAGUAAAUACUGAUAAAUAAGGAACUUAGAAAUUAGUAUUUGUAAUUAAAUAUGAUCUAAAAUUUCUUAUAUUUUUAUUUCCUGUUUAUGCUUAGGUAGAUUGCUGGGGGAGGGAGUCUGUUCUCCCUAAUAAAAAUUUUUCUAAUAAACAUUGGUAGCAUAAGGACAUUCUGUAAGACAGUGACAUUAAAAAAGGCUCUUGUCGAGGUAUACAUUAUUAUACUAGUUACUCUAACACCUUGUGUACAAGUCCUUUUGAAAUGGUGGCUUUAAUAGUUUUCAGCUCUUUUAUCCAGAGCUUGAGAUAAAGUUGAGUUUUUCAGGGCAUAUUACAAUGGCAAAGUGUUCAACAGUGAGGUGUCAAUGCUUACUCAGAUUUGUCUACUGCUAUUUAUAUAAAAAUUGUUUUCAUUUCAUUCAGAGGAUGCCUUUUACCCCCACGUUAAAGCACAGAUCAUUAAGCAAUAAAAACCAAUCAAAUUAUCAUCCAAAUUAUAACUGCGAUUAUUUUUGCAUGGUAAGAGUGAGGUGCUAAUUUUGUGUGAGAUGAGCUUUGUAAACUACCUUGGGAAAGGUCCUUUGGAAGUAAGGUUUUUCCCCUUUAGUCCUAUGCUUCCAGUUUUGUCUCAAAUUCACAAUCCAUUAAAACAUGGGAAAAAAGAAUAGAUUAAAUUAAUUGAGAGAGUUUUAUGAGAAGAGGUGUUGGAAUAAAUCUAGAAUAUUUGUUGGGAAAGGUCUCCCUUGUCUCCUCAUUUAGGAAAUACAUUAUUACCAGCUUAAUUUCACAAGCAUCACUACAGUGAGAGUUUCAUUAUAAAAGCAUACCAGUGAAAUGAAUAGCAAUGCUUAUCAAACAAUAUUGAAAUCUGUGAGAAUCUUUCUAGGAGCAUUCUUUUUUCUUUUAGUUCCAGGUUCCCAGGGUAUUUUUCAUUCAUAGUAAGUUUAUAUGACUGACACAGAAUGUGGAUUUUUCCCCCUUUGGAGUAUUUUUAUAAUGUAGGUGGAUAGCUAUGCCACAGCAUGCAUAAAUUGCACAUUUUGUUUGACUUUCUUUAUAAAAUAUUUAAUUUGAAAAAUAUAAUUUAUGCCAAAAAAGGUAUACCUUGUAAUUUUGCCACUAAAUAGGUUGAUUUAGCACAAAAUGCAAAGUCUUAGGGCAGAGGGGGGGAGAUAAAAAGUUUUCAUAGAGAAUAGUUGAAAAAUGUUCCAUUACUGGUCUGUCAGAAACCCUAAAGCUGCAUUGUAAAAAAAUGGUGUAAAUUAGUUUUGAAAAGUGGUAAGGGAUUGUGAAAAAAAAUCUCAGACUUAAUGCUCCCUAACCACAUUAUUUUCUUCUUUUUUUAUUUAGUAAUACGCUGCUACAGAUUUGGAGGUUCUGGUGUUUGUAGGUCACUGAACAGACAUUGAAAUCUGAUUUAUAUUGUAUAACUGUAACAUAGAAAGAAAAAGUAUUUAUAUAUUUUCCGUAAGAAUAUUUCAUUGAGUUGUGUAUAAUUUAAAUAAGAUUUGUCCCCAAAUGGUUUUGCUCACCCUGAUUUUUGUGUGUGUGUGGUUUUCUUGUUUUUGUAUAAUGUGUACAGUUUAUGUCAAGGGCAUUAAAAAGCCUCCUGAAGUAUAAUCUUAUCAAAGGGAUACAUUGUUAAUAAAAUGUACUUAAAAUUCUUAAA